UUUAGAUUUCUGUGCUCCCCUUUCCUACGCCUGCAAUCAUUUUUUCUUUAGAGUAUUGCGCAAUACCAAAAACAACAAACAAUCCAAACUAUCCGCAACCAUGGGCAAGCCAAAACGCCACGUUCACGCCGCCGACCAGGAGUCGCUGACCCCUCCCGACCAACUUACUGAUUCGCAAUCCAUUGCGCGCGUUGUCAAGGCCGAGGGCAACAGCAACUAUAUCUGCGAGCUGCCCAACAAGAAGACCAUUUUAGUCGAGCUCGAGUCUCGUUUCCGCAACACCAUCUGGAUCAAGCGCGGCGGUUACGUCUUGGUUGACUUGGGUUCCAUGGAGGAGCGCAGCAAGACUGGUAGCAAGGUUGUAGGAGAGAUCAUCAAUAUCGUAAGGGACGAGAAGGCAUGGAGGAAGGAGGCUUAUUGGCCCAAGCAGUUCGUCAGACAAACUUACGACGAGUCCGAAGACGAGGAAUCGACUGUUGGAAAGCUGCCGCCUAGCGACUCGGAAGACGAAGAGUACGGACCUUGACGAGACAUUCGGAGAACAGAGAUACCCAAAAAUCAUAUUUU